AUGCCGCCAACAGCCACACCGCCGGCUUCACGGCCGGCGUCCUCGUGGCUCGCCAGAAUCCGCCUCCUGCUGCCCCUCUUUGUGCUCCUCGUCCAGCUCGCCCACCGCGCAUCGGCAGCCCAGCUGCCCUUGUCGCUCAAACAGGCGCAUCCACAAUCGCAGCCCGGCCUCGCUCACCGCAUACACGCCAACGACGUCCAGGACGACGACCCCGCACUCGUACCCGCCAUCCGCCUCUCCCACCAUGGCCUCUACAUCAACCGCCCCCACACCGCCGCGGGCCAUCCCGCUCCUUCCUUUGCCGCUCCGCCCCGGCUUCCCUUGACAAUCCACUUUGACACCGCCGUCUACCGCCCAGAGACGGCCGUCGUACACUUCGGCCCCCUCCGCCGCCGCUCGCGCGAUCAAGUCAUGCUCGAGUGCGGAAAACAGUCUGGCGGCAUCGAGAGCUGCCAGGACGACGAUCUCGGCGAGGCAAAGGCCAACCGAAGCCACGCAGACUCGCUCGAAUGCCGCUUCGACCGGCCAGGCGCCGUCAAGUCAGGCGGACGCAUCGUCCUCGACAGCCGUGCCUGCACCGGCUGGGACGACUACUGGGCCGGCCCGCACAUCUAUCACCAUCGACGCAGUGAUGACGAUGACCGGGGCUCGGAAGCGCUCACCAGCUUCGUCGUCAGCCUAUCCGUCGACGCGCGCGAGGCGGGUAAAGGGUCGCAAAACACCCAUCAGCGGUGGUGGGUAGGCCAGCUGGAGCUCGACCACUCCCGCGCCUCUUGGCCCCUCGCGGGAAAUGCUCGCUCCCGCCGUCCAGGCACAGACGACCGGGUAUGGCACCAGGAUAACGCCAACCGCAUCAGCGGGUCCAUGGAGAACCCGAUCAUCCCAAAGGCUAGCAAGGACGAGCCGGCCGAUCCGCAGCAAAACGUCUACGUCGAACAGUCAUCCUGGAACUUGGGCGUGCAGAUCCGGAUCCCGCUUGCCAUCACCACGCCGCCCCCCUCGGCUCAGAAUCGCACUGCAUCGGCUUUGACUGCCAUCGACGACUCCGCACCGUCUACCGAGAUGCCGUUGCUUCUGCCGCCCGAAGAGGUGUUCGCACCCGUCGCUGGACAGGUCGUCUGGUCGCGCCCGUACCUGCGCCACAAACCGCCGUUGGUUGGCGAUGGGGCGGGCUGGAACGACGAAGCGGAUCACUGCCUCAUGAUCCGCGACGAGUGGUCGGUGGUAUACCAGAUCUUCGGCCUCGAUCCGGCAACACUGUCGUUCCGCGAGGGCGAUGAGGUCGCGCGUGGCGAUGUGCUCGGACAUGCGCUCAGGGAAGGCCUCUCGUCGAUUCCUCCAUGCACCGAUCCCCCGGCCGACCACUCCGAGACCAAGGACGACCGCUCCGUUCGCUUCUACCCACACCGCUACCGCAAGCUCGAAAUCCGCGUCGCGCGGCCUCAUCGCGACUGGACCGAAUGGAAGGACCCCGACGAGCUCGGAUGGCAGUACUUCCAGCCUCUCCAGGUGUUCCGCGAGGGUCGGACGCGCGAGGGCAAGCGUUACCAAUCCACCGUCCCACCUUACGGCUCGCCGACCACGCUCUAUUUUGGCCGCCCCUCGACCGACCCGCUUAAUGUGCCGCCAGUGGCAUUUGCGUCGUCCGACGACUUUUUCGUGCCGACGCUAUCGGGCCAGGUCGAAAUGUACGCCGGCUUCGAGGCAUUCCAGUCGACGCCGGGCGAUCCGGCCGACGGCAUGGAGCCCCUGGCUUUGUUUGCGAUGGAUCUGGGCAUCAGGAAGAGGAAGGACGGGGAGCGCCCGCCGAAUCGCGAGGACCCGUGCGAUCUGGGAGGCGGCGGCGGCGACGGCGGCGACGACACAUCGGACAAGUGGCGAAAUCUCUGGGAGCAUGCCAAGUUGCCCAACGUGUGGACGGGCGCCUUCAUACCCACGUCGACGUCGACUCCAGCGAGUGUGCGAUGGCACUCGAAGCUCUUCUCGCACUACCAACCGUCCUUUUCCUACGGCACGUGGUUCCCGGCCAAGAUGAGCAGCCAGUUUGACGAAAAGUCGCGGCAUCUGUACUAUGUCGUCGGCAGGCAGGUCCGGGGCGAGCCCAAGAUCAAGGGUAGCUUCGACGUGCAGCGCGACCUGAUGGACGAGGGUCCGGGCCGGUACAGGAUCGUGGUGCGCGGCAGAGACUACUGGGGCAACGCGGGCUGCGUUGCUUCCGAUGUCAAUCUGGCCUGA